CCGCUGCUGCUGCUCUGGCUGUCGACGAAGCGAGCGAGAGGCCGCCGGCGGCCACCUUCGGCCCGGACGCCCCCGGGAGCCUCGCCCGGCCUCCGCCCCGGGGCCUAGAGCGAGCGAGCGAGAGAGCGCCGAGCAGGGAGGAGGGCCGAGAAGACCCUCGCGCCCCUUUUCCCGCCUCCUCCUCCGCCCAGGCCGGGCCGGCGCCCGCCUCGCGUCUCCUCCGCGCCGGGGGUGGUGGUGGUGGUGGUACUGCCGCCCUCCUCCGAGGCGCCCCCGAGAUGAGACCAUGGACAGCCGGAUCAAGGAAAAUCCAGAGAGUACUUUUGAUUUGGUGCUACAGGUAAAAUGCCAGGCUUCUGAAAAUGAAGAUCCUGUGGUUUUGUGGAAGUUCCCGGAGGACUUUGGAGACAAGGAAAUACUCCAGAGUGUACCCAAAUUCUGCUUUCCUUUUGACAUUGCAAGGGUGACCCAGGUUGGACAGCACUUUACCUUUGUGCUUACUGACAUUGAAAGCAAACAAAGAUUUGGAUUUUGCCGGUUAACAUCAGGAGGCAAAGUCUGCCUGUGCAUUCUAAGCUACUUGCCAUGGUUCGAGGUGUACUACAAACUUUUAAAUACGCUGGCAGAUUAUUUGUCUAAAGGACAGGAAGAUGACUUGAAUGACUUGUUAGAAACCUGGUAUACUCAUUCUGUGCCAACGGCAAAUACUCCGAUCAGCUUAAAUUUGAACAACGAGAUCUUUUUUGCAAGUGAGCAAGUUUUGAAAAAUCAACCAUGUUUAAUGGCGCAGUCGUAUUUCAUUACUCCUGAUCUAACUGGAUUACCAACAGUACCUGAAAGUAGAAAUCUUACUGAAUAUUUUGUUGCUGUGGAUGUGAACAACAUGCUGCAACUUUAUGCCAGCAUGUUGCACGAGAGACGCAUCAUUAUUACCUCCAGCAAACUAAGCACUUUAACUGCUUGUAUUCAUGGGUCAUCUGCAUUGCUAUAUCCAAUGUACUGGCAACACAUAUACAUCCCAGUGCUCCCUCCACACCUGCUGGACUACUGCUGUGCACCCAUGCCAUACUUGAUUGGAGUUCAUUUCAGUUUAAUGGAGAGAGUGAAAAGUAAAUCACUGGAGGAUGUGGUGAUGCUAAAUGUUGACACAAACACUUUGGAAACUCCAUUUAAUGACCUGAGCAACCUACCAAGUGAAGUGGUCUCGGCCUUGAAAAAUAAACUGAAGAAGCAGUCCACAGCUACCGGUGAUGGAGUAGCCAGGGCCUUCCUGAGGGCACAAGCAGCGUUAUUUGGAUCCUACAGAGAUGCUCUAAGAUACAAACCAGGCGAGCCUGUCAGUUUCUGUGAAGAAAGUUUUGUCAAGCAUCGUUCCAGCACUUUUAAGCAGUUUUUGGAAACUGCAGUGAACCUUCAACUUUUUAAACAGUUCAUUGAAGGUCGGCUUGCAAAGCUAAAUGCAGGAAAAGGGUUUUCUGAUGUGUUUGAAGAAGAAAUCUCUUCGGGUGGCUUUGGUGGAGGAAAUUCAAGAUCAUAUCACCAGUGGAUGUAUACAGUUAAGAAAGGAGGAGCCCUGAUCAACACAGCUAUGACCAGAGCCAGCCCAGCUAUGAAAACAGCAUACCAAUAUGCAAAAAAUCAUGCAAAACAGGGGAUAAAGGAGGUGAGAAGUAAGUUAAAACACAAGGAAACAGAAGAUGAGUAUGGAAUUUGUAGCUCGGGUUAUGUGCAAUAUACUCCAGUCUACACAUUGCACCAUCCACAAAGACUUAGCACAGAGAAAAGAAGACUUGGGCAGACACGGUUUGGGCAUCUCCAUGCCAAUACAUUUAACCAUGAUCCUGCCUUGGACGAUGAUGCGGACGAUGAGAUGGAUGGAGGAAGCAAAUUGUCAUCUGAAGAUAGUGAGGAAACAUCUUGUUGUUUGUAUGACAGUGAUGACUCUGGGGAAAUGGCCAAAACAUCUGUUCCUCCUGGAGAAAUGGACUUGCUAGGAGAGAUUUUGGAUAGUCUGAGUACACACAGUUCUGAUCAAGGGAAGCUCUCAGGAGCAAAAAGCCUGGACUUCUUUCGAUCAAUGGAUGAUAUUGAUUACAAGGCAACGAAUAAAUCCAACACGCCAAGUGAGAGCAAUCUGGCUCUGCUUUGCAGUGGUCGAACGUCUGACCCAGCUGACUGGAAUCUUGGGCAAGAUGACAGCAUCCUCAGUGGGAAGCAGCUUCCCCCGUCUCCAAGGAAACGUGUUCCUUCAACUGGAUACAGAGAAAAUCUCUUUGUGCCAAAAACAGGAAGUCCCACCCAUACCCCUAGUGUCGAUGGUGUGAACUUCCUCGAAACUCAAACAGAAUCUCCAAGCCCGUCUCAAGAAACUAUGCAGUUGUGUUCUCCAGGAGUCUUUCAAGUGAAAAAGACUAAGUGGAGCGAAACACUAAGCAGUACCUCAGCAGAUGAGAUACCACCAAACUUGAGCCAAAAUCCAUCCUCCUCUCAGGUUCCUUGGGAGAAAGAAGCCAGAACAGGAAAUGAAAUCCUAGAAGAGGGUGGUCUUCUUCACGAAGUGGUGUCUUUGUGUAAAAUGACUUCUGCAUUCAACCACGGUUUAAACAUUUCAGGGGACAGGUUUUCCAGUAGCAGCGGGAAUAAAGCGUAAUUUUUUAUUUUUAUUUUGAGGGGAGAAAUAACGCUCCUGACAAAAGACUUAAGGAAGACAACUCAGGAUUCCAUAUCGCAUAGCAAACCAAAACAUCACAGAGGAAACGACAAACCUUCCGUUUUGCUAACCUUAAUUGUGGUUUGCCUUACAUGCCCAUUUUCUCCCUCUUGCUUUGAACGUAUCUUUGGAACACAUUUCUUUGCUGCAUAAUUUCACAGCAUGGGCCUGGAUUGGGGUGGGUGGGGCCAUAGCUCGGUGUCUGAGAACAUGCUCUGCAUGCCGAGCGGCCCAUGUUCAGCCCCUUACAUGUCCAGGUAGGUCUAAGAAAUGUCUGAAACCCCAGGAAGCUGUUUUCCAUCAGUCUGGACCACAGGUGGGGAACCUGUGACCUCGGGCACAUUUCAUGUGGGUGUGUGAGCCUAGAGGGAAGAGAAGGGUGCUUUGCCCACUGCCAAAAUGCACCCUCCCCUAUAGAUUACCCAUAAGGGAAUGUGGUGGUCCUUGGAAGUUUUUAGGGGCCCCCACCUUGGUAUAGACAGCACUGAGCUAGAUGGACCCAUAGUUUGACUCAGUAUAAGGCAGCUUCUUGUUCAGCUACUUCAUUCUCAAGUCAAGGUAAAAGUUUGACUCCAUAUUUAAGCUUCAGCUGGCAUUUGGCACCUGCUAGUUUUUACCAUCUCCCCCUUUCCUUUUCCAGAAAGUAACAUAUCUUCCCGGGUAGGCAUUGACUUUUAUCUUUCCGAGCACAAAGUGAACAAAUGCAACACUGUUCAUCUGGAACUUAUUAAGUCCUGUCAAUCCAUGAUCCAAUUGCCUUAAAGUUUUAGGGACUCACUUAAAUAUUGUACAGGAUGAAAUGCAAAUUGUUGGAAAAGAGAUGCCAUGAUUUCACAGCAGUGAAGCGCAUGAACAAAGGGAAAUAUGGGUCGUUUCCAAACCACAGGAACUCAUACGACCAACAGUGGUCACUCAUGUGACCGUGUGUUAUGUAGCAAUGUAGUUACCACAUGAGAGCCUGGUUCAAAUGGGAGCCUCUCCCACAUGUUUGUCUUCCUUGGUGAGAACUGUUUUCACCUAGCCAAGCAAUAGCCAUCAGUGAGAGGAAAGGUCUCUUGAUGUAUUUAUCACCAUAUGAAUUAACUGUUAAUGGUUUGUCUGAAUUUACCCCAAAAUUGGGUCCUUUACCAAGUAGGCACUGUGGCUCUGUCUUCCAAAUCCUGAAAAAAUGGUACUGUGUGUUUUUAAUCUUUUUUGAAGUGCUGAAAUACAAUGUGAAGUUUACAACUUUUAAAAGGUGUUACUCACUGUCAUCAUUUUUGCAUCUUCAGUUUUCUCAAAAGGAAAAAAGCUUGAGCAGAACAGGUAGAUUUUUAUUGGCAUAGAAUUUCCACUGUUUUAAUAUUUCUGUGUUACAAUUGAUCUGCCCUACUGGGGUUCAUGCCAAUUUAACCUUCAGAGGUAGUGUUUUAAAGUGAUGUUUAGGACUUGGAUCAUUAUUAGAUGUGCUCCUUGAACAAAUUCUAAUGUUUUCUUUUUAAAAACAAAAAUGAUAUCAGCAGCUGAAAAAUAAUAAUAUAAAGAAAGCAAUUUGACAGUGUAAAUCUGGAAAUCUCUGUCCAGGCCUAAGCAAAGGAAUCAAGGGCCACACAGAAUUACUGAAGCUUAAUCGUAACCUUUAAAAAGAUGCAUCCAAAACAACGUCCCUGCCAUCCAGUGGCUCAAGAUUGGCCUGCUAUGGGAUGCACCACAAUGCUCAUAAAUGGCAACUUUUAAAAGUUGUCUUCCGAAAAGUCUUUUCUUAAAAGCAAACCUUUGGUGCGUAACAUCAGUAUCCAAAGGUGCCUUUCAAAUGAAAUGUUUUGAAUGGAACACUUUGUUAAGCCAUUUGGAAGUGGUAUUCCACAUAUUUAUAAAGUGGGUAGUACACUUUUAGGCACUAUACAAGUAACAAUUUAGCGUGGAAGCCCAUGACAGUGUCCUGGAACCUAUCCGCUUAGAUAGAAGGACCUAUUUCCCCUGUGUUUGUGCUGUUCUCUCCUUCCCCCUCCCGAUGUCUGUGUUUGUCCUUUCAAUUGUCACUGGUGGUGGUCUAGAUUGCUUGAGUCAAGAGAGUAGUGAUUAGGUGAGGGUAUAUUUAUGUCUCUGUGUACACGUGUGGAUGAAGGUGCAUGUUCCAUAGCCCAGUGCAUACAGGAGCUUCCAAUUCUUCCUUCAUGAGAAGAAAAACUCUAUGCAUAUGGAAACUUCCUAUUACAGCCAUGGUUGAUGAAUCAUAGGGGGUGGGAGGCUGGAGGAGAGAAAACUAAGAAAUGUCUGGCAAAACAUGCAGGUUUUCAGUGACUCACAUUGUCAGUGAAUGUGUUUAGAGUUGCCACACUAAUGUCAAAUGCCAUUUUAUGUAAUUCUUACAGUAACAUGAGUAAUGUGUAGUCUUGUUGAUGAACCUUUGGAAUGCAACUUCAUUUUGACCCCACUUAAACUGCAAUGUAUGUAGAUUUGCUAGAACUGUUAGCAUUCACGCAUCAUUUAUCACCGAUAAGAUUUUUAGAAGGCUAAUAGUUGUGCCUUACAUUUUUGCCCUGAAUAGUUGCCAGUUAGCUUUCUUACUGUCAAAAGAACAUUAGACUUGCCAAAUGAAUCUAUUUAUCAAAUAUU